AUGGCUUUAUCUGGUAAACGUAUUCGUUCCGAUUUUAAAGGGCCUAUUUCUAUAAAGAAGCGUCAGUGCUUACUUCACGUCCCCACAGUGACUCUUCCAAGAUCCUCAUUCUUAUUAACAAAAACGGCGAAUAGAAUAAGCAAGAAAAUCAAAAAUCAGAAUAACAUAAACAAUAGUCAUUCUAGUAAUGAUAUUGAUGAUGUUGACGAUGACGGCGAUGAUGACCGUGACGGCGAGACACAUUUCAAUGCUAAAUACUAUGAUCGGCCGAAGUUUCACUUGGCACAGACUGCUAAAUUAGACCGAAGGUUGUUGGAGACUGUUUCUAGAUACUCUGAUUCAGAGUCAGUAAAUAAAAAUGGCCAGCAGCGAGAUCAAGAGUAUUUUGCUCCUCAAAUUUGUUCAACUGAUAGAAACUAUGAUUUUUUCAACUUUAGGAGGUCUAUUUCAAGGAAUGUAUCUUUCUCGGUCUCCGGGGCUCGCCAGAAACAAAUCCCCAAAUCAGAUAUUUUAGCAAGGGAACGCUGUUUUGAUUACAUUUUGCAAUCAAUCGAUGAGGUUUGGGGUCGCUACUGCAAUACAACUUCAACGGCUGAGAACGAAGUAUAUGACCGUUUAGGCAAGUGCGCGAAUAUUUCCUCUGCAACUCCUUUGGGUAGCCCAAAUUCUUAUUUUUGUGUUUCAUAUGGUGGCAACAACAGCCAUCGCCGCCAUAAAAGCGAACUAUCGGAUGAUGAUAUCAGUGACUCAGGUUACAAAUCCGAAAUCACAAAUCCAACAGAAUACGAUACAGAUUGUGACUACCGCAAGGUUUCGAACUUGCCACAGUCUAUGAAGCUACAAUCAUUAAAAGACAGGCUAGUAAGGGCCAAAAACGACCUUGAAACCAACUACGAUGCGAACAGCUGGGAUAAUUGUAUGUAUUUUUGGAGACGCUGGGAUAUGAUAAAGUACAGUGCGGUUGAGAUGAUGGAAGAAGACGAUGAAGAUGAGAUCAUAGAAUCAGUUAUUGAUGAACUAGAAGAAGGUCGCUGCUAUAACGAUGCAUGA